AUGGACGGCAGCAGCAGCAGGAGGAAGAAGGACGCGGCCAAAGUGCACCACCCCGACAAGGACAAGGACAAGGAUGAGGAGGUCGAAGAUGAAGAGGAGAUGAGCAGGGAGGAGAUGUUGGCGCAACUACGAGAAACGCGCCACCUCGAUGUCAGCAAGCGAGAGCUGGCAAGCAAGAACUUGCCGCCUGAGUUGGCCUACAUGAUCAACCUCGAGAUGCUCUCCAUGGCCCAGAACGAACUCACCGAGCUGCCCAAAAGCUUUGGCAAGUUGAGCAAGUUGGUCGCGCUCAACCUCAACACCAACCUCUUUGCCGAAGUCCCCAAGGUAUUGGGUAAGCUGCCGGCACUGUCGAUCCUGGACAUGCGCAACAAUCGCGUCACGGAGAUCAGUCCCGGUACGCUGAAGAAGAUGACUGCCCUCACCAAGCUCAUGUUGCGUUACAACCGCAUCGUGGCGCUCCCGGCCGAGGUGGGCCACCUCAAGAACCUCCAGCUCCUCAGCAUCCGCAACAACCACCUCAUCUCCGUCCCUCCCGAGCUCAACCAGCUCGAGAAGCUGCAGGUGUUUGAUGCGCGCGGCAACCAGCUCCGGAGCAUCCCCCCUCUCGGCGGUCUCCGGUCUCUGCUGGAGCUGGACCUGCAACACAACAACCUCUCCUGUCUGCCGUCCGAGCUGUCGCACCUGUCUUCGCUUACCCGCCUGUCCCUGGGCUUCAACAACUUCUCAGAGUUCCCCCUCGAGGCGGUGGGCAUGAGCUCCCUCGCCGAGCUCGACCUCGAGGCCAACUGUAUCUCAGUCGUACCGCCGGACAUCAAGCACAUGACCGCCUUGCGCACCCUCUACCUGUCCAGCAACAAGAUCAAGAGUCUGCCGAGCGAGAUAGGGCGGCUCUCGAGUCUCGAGAAGCUGUCCCUCAAUCACAACCAACUCCGCACCCUCGACGAGUUGAAGAAGCUCGUGGAUCUGGACCUCGAGAACAACCCCCUCGAGUGGGACAAAGACCCGGCCAAGGGCGCCGAGGCUGUUCGGGCGCUGAGCUUCGUCCCCAACCUCAAACUCUCGGCGCACAAAACCGACCCGGCCGCCGCCACCCGCAAAGGAGGGGCGGGUGGUCCCACGGGGGAGGGCUCUGGCCACCGGUCCCUCUUCACGGAAGGCGGGCUCAUGUCCAUGUUCCACGAGCACGCCACCACCACCAGCGGCGGCGGCGGCGGCGGCGGCAACCACGAACGCGAAGAAGAGGAGCAGCAGCAGUCGGAAGAGGGUAACGGGUCGCGGACCGGGAAGGCCAAGGCCAAGACGCCCCGGGAGCCGCGGGGUGGGCUGAUCCGCGACUUUUUCGCGCUCGAGGACCUCAACAAGCCCGGCCUGCAGAAGGCCAAGAAGGAGCCCCUGCAGCAGGAGGACGCGCACUGUUGCCACCAUCCGUUCUUUGACGAGAACGACAUUGCCCUGUUCUGCGAGCUCAAGCAGCAGCUGAAGGCCCACAAAAAGGAGAGCAAAAAGUCCUCGCGCCCCACUGACCUGCACAAGAUGCUUCACUUGGCCUAUCUCAAGGCCGAUGACCAGAUGCGCCAGUUCCAGUACGAGGGCUGCACGGCCACGGCGGUCGUCGUGUGGCAGGUGGGCAACGAGCGGUACCUCCAGUGCGCCAACGUGGGCGAUUCUGCGGCUUACCUCUACCGCGCGGGGGAGCCCGUGUGUUUGAUCCGGGAGCACAAGCUCACCAACGAAUUCGAGCGGGGCCGAAUCAUCUCCUCCGGCGUUUGGCUCACCGACGGACAGACGCGCAUCGCAGGGAUCGGGGUCACAAGAGUGCUGGGCGAUCAUUUCGCAAAGGACACCAACAGCGGGAUGUUGGGUGCGCCCGAUUCGUCGCCUGCCUACCUGCUCACGCCACACGACACCCACCUCAUUGUGGCCAGCGACGGCCUGUGGGACGUGAUGUCGCCGGCUACGGCAGGCGACCUCGUGGCCAAGGAGGAGACGGCCGAGGCGGGAGCCAAGGUGCUGAUGAAGCGCGCGCUGGCAUCGGCCAAGUGUAAAGAUAACGUCACCAUCGUCGUGGUCCGUUUGUGA